CCCCCCCCCCCCUCUUUUUCUUGAUUUCGUACCCUUUUUCUUUUCUUUUACUCUCUAUCCAUUUUGUCUCUCUCUUUUUCUUUCUUUGUCUCUCUUUCUUUCUAUCUUUGUUUGUCCAUAUGAUGCAAUUCACUGAAACCCCACCACAACCCUUGCACCAAAUCACUCCAUUCUCAAACUCCACUAUGAACAAAAACCAAAUUUAUCAAAGGACUCGUCCCUGGCCUGGAUUUCCAACAUCAAAGGCCUUAGGUAAUAACUUUGGUGAUGCAAAUUGCAUGGAGCAACUUUUAGUUCAUUGUGCAAAUGCUAUAGAAAGUAAUGAUGCGACUUUAGCCCAACAAAUCCUUUGGGUUCUUAACAACAUUGCACCUCCAGAUGGUGACUCGAAUCAACGAUUAACAUGCGCUUUCCUUAGAGCUCUCAUUGCACGUGCUGCCAAGAGUGGUACUUGUAAACUACUUGCUGCUAUGGCUAAUGCUCACUGCACUCUUGCUAUUGAUGCUCAUAAGUUCUCUGUCAUUGAGCUUGCUAGCUUUGUCGACUUAACCCCUUGGCAUCGCUUCGGUUUCACUGCAGCUAAUGCUUCUAUACUUGAAGCUAUUGAAGGGUUUUCAGUUGUUCAUAUUGUGGAUUUGAGCUUGACGCACUGCAUGCAGAUCCCUACUCUCAUAGAUGCUAUUGCGAAUCGCUUUGAGGUAACUCCGAUGAUAAAACUUACAGUUGCUGGUUGUACUGAAGAUAUACCACCUAUGCUUGAUCUUUCUUAUGAAGAGUUAGGCUGUAAAUUGAUAAACUUCGCUAGGUCACGCAAUGUAAUAAUGGAAUUUAGAGUUGUUGAUUCUAGUUAUGCAGAUGGAUUCUCUUCUUUAAUUGAGCAACUUCGAGUGCAAAACUUGGUGUACACAGAUAGUGGUGAGGCACUUGUUAUUAACUGUCAUAUGUUGCUUCAUUACAUACCUGAAGAAACCCUUUCUGGUAUUCAUAAUACCACAAACUCAUCAAAUCCGUACUCCUUCGAGUCGUCUUCUUCUUCUUCGAUGUCUUCUCUUCGAACUAUGUUUCUUAAAUCACUUAGGAGUUUAGACCCAACAAUUGUUGUAUUAGUAGAUGAGGAUGCAGAUUUAACAUCAAAUAAUUUGGUGUGUAGAUUAAGAUCAGCUUUCAACUACCUAUGGAUACCUUAUGAUACAGUCGACACAUUUCUUCCAAGAGGAAGCAAGCAAAGACAAUGGUAUGAAGCUGAUAUAUGUUGGAAGAUUGAGAAUGUGAUAGCUCAUGAAGGUCUGCAAAGAGUAGAGAGGCUUGAACCGAAGAGCAGAUGGGUUCAAAGGAUGAGGAAUGCAAAUUUCCGGAGCAUUUCUUUUGGAGAAGAAGCAGUUUCUGAAGUUAAGACUAUGCUUGGUGAACAUGCAGCUGGUUGGGGAUUAAAGAAGGAAGAAGAUGAUCUUGUACUUACUUGGAAAGGACAUAAUGUUGUAUUUGCAACUGCUUGGAUGCCUACCUAAAAUUUCUUUUUUCCUUCUUUAUUUAACAUUUUAUUUUUAACUUGAUCUGUUCUUUUCCUUUUGUACUUUGCUUAGCCUAUUAAUUAUUCUUCUUCGGUAAUGAGUAGCUAAUUAGUUGUGUUGAUCAGAGUUUAAUGAUUAUAUUGUGAAAAUAAAUCUUCUAUUUUGCC